GAGCAUGGCGGUAACCUUAACAUUUCUUUUUCAAACCCUAAUCCGUAGGGAUAAAAUAUCAUUGACCAAAUCUACUUCAAACUACUCUAAGCGCACCGUUCAACUUCACUUGUUCUUCUGUAUUCUUCUUCUUCUUCUUCAUAUGGAAAAAAUUAAUCAUUAUCUUUUACCCUGUUCUUUGUUUGGAUAAAUUCCGUUUCGUUUUAUUGUUUGAAUUUCUUGUCUUUGAACAGAGAGACUGCUGAAUUCUGGUCGGAGGAUUUUGGGAAUUCUGGGAAUCACGCCAAUUCAUGAAUUAGGAGGUGAAUCGGGUCAACCGGCUUCGAGAAGUAUGGAAAAUCAAGUGCAGUUGCACUCAUAAGUUCCCGCUUUGAAACCAAUCAGGCUACUUGAAUUUUGGUAUGCAGAUGUUAUUUUCGUAUUAGUGAAAAUGGGGGAAAGGGAAGGAUCUGGUUCUGGGAAUUUGAAGUCGGCUCGUCCUACAGUUGCCGAGAAACUCUGGGAUGGUUCCCUUAAGCUUAAUUCUUCUGUAACUGUGUCGGUCGUUGCCUUCUUCAAAAGUGGUGAGAAGAUGCCUGAUACCAAGUGGCCUGAUCUUGUAGAAGUCAAAGGAAAAGUUAGACUAGAGGCUUUUGAGAAAUAUAUUCAAGACCUUGCUCGCUCACACAAUAGAGGGCUGAUGGUAGUAUCACUUUGCUGGAAAGAAGGGUCUUCUAAAUCAGGACUGGUAGGCUUGAAUCAGAUUGCUAAAGGGUACAAGAAAGGGGAAAGAGUGGGUUUUGCUCAACUCUCACCAGGUAUUGAUCUUUACAUAUGUCCUCGCAGUGAUGCCAUAAUCACCAUACUUGCAAAACAUGGAUUUUUCAAAGGCAUGGCAGCUAUUGAAGACAAGAAAAACUCAUUAAUUGGUUGUGUUGUUUGGAGAAGAAAUCAUGGACCUUCAGAUUCUAUCACGAAGAAGCUUGAGAAAAUGUGUUCUUCUUUGACAGAGCAGCCGCUGAGUUCCUACUCUGAGCAAAAGGUUUCUGAAAAUAACUUGCCGUGUGCUCAGCCUGCUCAAGAAUCAGUGACAUGCACAAGCAUUGAGAAUGCUGUCAUCAAUAGAAAUGAAUGUGACAAUGCAGGUAGUAACAGCCAGCUUGCACUGCAUACCUCUCCUGCCAGUGCUGAUCUCUUGCUUAAGACUUCAGCAUUGAGCAAAUUCUCAGGUAUUUCACUAGGACUUCAAACACCAUCCUUUUCUGAUUCUGUCUCACUCUUCAGACCCAAGGGGCAGUCUUCUGCAAAGGAAAUGUCUCGUGUGGAUAUCUCAAAACCGGAGGAAAUUAAAUCAUUUUUGAGACCUGAAAAUCCUGUAUUAUCUCUGCCACAAGUUAUUAUAAAAGAGAACAUUUCUGCCAUUGAUGAUGAUGAUCUUCCAGAAUUUGAUUUUGGUGGGAUAUCUCAAACUCCAAGAAGUAAGGUUUUGGAUACAACAGUGUUUGAAGAAAAUGUUGUGGUUGAAGGAUUAAAGAAAGUUGUUUCGACAUUUCCCUUAGCUUUGCCAACUAUGCAGUCCCUACCUGCUCAGAAUAAAAGGCUGGCAGAAGAUUUUCUUCCUCCUGGGUUUGCGUCCAACAGUAGCCCAAACUUGCCUCGAGGAAAGAAAAUUUGUAAACUUGAUCAGGUAUCAGUGUUACCAGUUUUAGAAGCAAAACAUACUGCCAAAAGCAGCUCAGUAUUCACUCCUGUUGUCACUAGUAUAGUUGCACCACAAAAGAAUAUUUUCGCUGAUGAUGACGACAUGCCUGAAUGGUAUCCACCGCAUGUACAGCUCCCCAAGCAAACAUCUCUCGAAUCAGCAAUGGUAGUAACUGCCUUCCCUUUAGCUUCUCAGUUGCCUUUUAAUACCCAAAGACCAAGUUAUGCAAAUCAGUCUCCGGUAACUGCCUCUGUGAAACCACUACAACCAAGACAAACUGAUAGAUACAUUCAAAGAGCUCCAAGUUCUUCGAUGGGGUCCAAUUGCAUCCAUCUUUUGAGGCCACCCAUCCACCCUCCUCAGUGGGAGGGCCAGGGUCGAUGAAACCAGCUAACUGCUCAAUAUAUGUGAGAUAGUUAAAGCACUGUACAAAGCUUGCUCCAAAAGGGGAUGGAUAAUGACUUAAAGAAUCUUAAGGUAAAGAGAAAUAUGGAUUUGCAAAUAAAGAAUUUGGUUUAAUGGGGCUUCACUGGACGACAGUUUUCCAGUUUCAUUUGUCAGGUUUUCUGCAUUUUAGAUUAUAAUGUCGCUUUCUAAAUACAUUCAUCUUAAACCUCUCUUUAGCUGCGGCAAAAACUUCCUAAAUCUAUGGUGAAAACAGUCUAAGGUGACACUUUGACACUAUAUAAAAUGCUGAAAUCUGGUUUAUGCUAA